AUGUCCAACCCUCCACCGCCUCAACCUUCAACCCUUCACCACCAAGUGCCGUACAUCACCACACCAACCACCCUCACCACCACCAACCGUGAAUACCGCAAAGGGAACUGGACAAUCCAAGAAACUCUAAUCCUCAUCACAGCUAAAAGACUAGACGAUGAACGCCGUAUCAAACCUUCAACAAGCUCACAUUCAAGACCUGGAGAACUGAAGUGGAAAUGGGUUGAAAACUAUUGCUGGGAUCAUGGCUGUUACCGAAACCAAAACCAAUGCAACGACAAGUGGGAUAACCUCCUCCGUGAGUACAAAAAGGUCCGCCAGUACCAAUCAUCCCAAUCCGAGUCCUCUGAUCACUUCCCUUCUUACUGGUCCAUGGAAAGACACCAACGUAAGCUCCAUAACUUGCCUACCAACAUGUCUCCUGAAGUCUUUAAAGCCCUCAAUGAUGUCCUUCAAAGAAAAAACAACAUCCAUCAACAGCAACAGCAAGAACAGCAACCUCAGCAACAACAACAACAAAGUACCAGUAGCAUUCACCAACAGCAACUAAAGCAACCUUCUAUUUCUCAACCAACAGACCAACUAGCUGUCGGGACAGAUCAACAACCGCCGGAGAUUGAAGCUCCGAUAACAGUUUCAGAGGAGUCAGAUUCUUCAGAGACUGAGUCAAGUGAAAAUUUGGAUUCGGAGACCAAACGGAAAAAAGUUCGGAAAAUUGGUUCAAGUAUAAUGCGAAGUGCUUCAGUUUUGGCCCAAACCCUCAAAAGUUGCGAGGAGAAGAAAGAGAAACGACACCAAGAAGUGAUGAAGCUUGAACAACGUAGACUUCAAAUCGAAGAAACUCGAAACGAAGUUAACCAGAAAGGAAUCACUGAUCUUGUUGCUGCCAUGACUAACUUAUCUGGUGCAAUUCAGUCCCUUAUUGCCAACCAUUACGAUCAAACAUGA